ACAUGACCUCUUCUGCUUUCACAGAAGUUGGAAUCCUUGCCAAGUCCUACAUUGAUCAAGGGCGGCUGAUUCCGGAUGAUGUUAUGACGCGGAUGGUGCUGAGCGAGCUCAAGGGCCUAGAGCGAUACGACUGGCUGUUGGACGGUUUCCCUAGAACGGUUGCCCAGGCAGAAGCCCUGGAUAAACAGUGUCAAAUAGACACUGUGAUUGACCUAGAUGUGCCAUUUGAGACCAUAAAGUACCGUCUCACUGCACGCUGGAUCCACCCUGCUAGUGGCAGAGUCUACAAUCUUGAAUUCAGCCCUCCCAAAGUACUGGGCACUGAUGACAUCACUGGAGAGCCACUUGUUCAGCGUGAUGAUGACAAACCAGAGACGGUUACCAGGAGACUGCAGGCCUACGACGCACAAACCAAACCUGUUCUGGAGUAUUACCGGGCAAAAGGGUUGUUGAAAUCCUUCUCUGGAACAGAGACCAAUAAGAUCUGGCCACAUAUCUAUGCUUUCCUCCAAACCAAGUUGCCAGAUGUGAGCCAGAAAGAUGCUGCUGCCCCCAUGUGAAAUGAGGGCUAACUUCUGCCCAUCUGUCAUAGCACAGAAUUGAUUACAUGAGAUUCAGCAAUCAAGGAUUUCACUUACUAGCGUGCCAUACUGAUCAAUAAUUAAAAUCUAAUAUCAUCCUCA